AUGAUGUCUCUGAUGCGAGAUGCCCCGAUUGGGCAAUUGAUUCGCUUUGUGACCCGCAAUCGCGUCCUUCUCUACCCAGACGAGCUACCCGACUUUCAAUGCCCACCCUCGAUCGCAAACACUAGCUCAGCACCUUCGGUCGCUACAUUGACAUACUCCAAUCACGAUGUCGAGGCGGCUACAUCGGGCAGACCGGAAAAAGAAGCCGCGCCUUCGCCAUUCCUCGUUGAUUGGUACGGCAAUGACGAUGUUGAGAAUCCUCAGAACUGGUCUGGCUGGCGCAAGGGAUUUGUCACUUUCCAAAUUUGCAUUUACACCCUAGCAGUCUAUAUGGGGUCUGCCAUUUACACACCAUCAGCACCCGGUGUCAUGGAGUAUUUUGGCGUGUCAGAACAGGUCGCAUCUCUUGGCCUGUCGCUCUAUGUUCUUGCCUAUGGCAUGGGCCCGUUGAUUUUCUCGCCCCUGAGCGAGAUCCCAGCAAUCGGUCGAAACUGGCCAUACAUUGUUACCAUGAUAAUAUUUGUCGUACUCUGUGUACCCACCGCCCUCGUCGAUAACAUUGGUGGCCUGCUCGUCCUACGAUUCUUACAGGGCUUCUUCGGGUCGCCCGCUCUCGCUACGGGCGCCGCCUCGCUGGCCGAUAUUUACCCGCUGAUGUUCCUCCCAUACGCUCUUUGCUUAUGGGCCCUGGCUGCUACCUCCGGACCCGCACUCGGACCCGUCAUCUCAGGGUUUUCAGUUCCAGCUGAAAGCUGGCGCUGGAGCUUGUGGGAGAUUCUGUGGCUGGCCGGCCCGGUUCUCCUCGUCAUGAUCCUUUUCCUACCCGAGACCUCUUCACACAACAUCCUUCUCCGACGUGCAAAGCGUCUGCGCAAGUUGACUGGAAAUUCCGAACUGCGGUCGCUGUCUGAACUCAUCCAGGCGAGAAUGACCGCCAGAGAAGUUGCAUUUGAAGCUCUUGUGCGGCCAAUGCAGCUGAUGAUCAUGGAUCCGGCAAUUGGAUACACCGCGGUGUAUGCUGCUUUAUGCUACGCCAUCUAUUACAGCUUUUUUGAGGUGUUUCCCAUGGUGUACAUCGAGCUUUAUGGCUUCAACGUUGGCGAGAUGGGCCUGACAUUCUUGUCUAUCACUGUCGGUACAGUCGUUUCCAUCGCGGGUUACUAUGCCUAUUUUUACUGGAUCGUUACCCCUGCCAUCAUAUCGGGUGCACCAGAUAUCCCAGAGUAUCGUCUCAUUCCAGCUUUGUUUUCGUCUUUCCUUUUGCCCAUCGGCCUGUUCAUCUUUGCUUGGACUGGCAAUGGACACACGCAUUGGAUUGUAAGCGUCAUCGGUAUAUUCCUCUUCACAGUUGGCAUGUUCCUGCUUAUGCAGUCAAUCUUCGCAUACCUGCCAGCUGUAUACCCACAGUAUACAGCUUCGACCUUUGCCGGCAACGAUUUCGCACGCUCCUCGCUCGCUUUCGCAGCAGUGAUGUUUUCCCGUCCCAUGUACAGAGCGAUGGGAAUUGGACCAGGCACGAGUUUGCUUGCAGCUCUCACUGCUGCUUGUAUUGUGGGAAUCUUUAUCCUAUUCUUCUAUGGCGAGAAGCUGCGGGCCAGAAGUAGGUUCUCUGCGAAGUACUAG